GCCAGGGAUUGAACCUGCGUCCUCACGGAUGCUCGUCAGAUUUGAUAACCACUGAGCCACGACAGGAACUCCCAUAUUUUCAUUCUGACCUUCAUCAACAGUAAUGUCUUAGAUGGCGGAGUGAUUCAUGGUAGCUGAGUCCCGGGCAGUACAACACAAAGGAUCAAAAGGUGUUAUGUUGUGAGUUCCCGUAUGCCGCGGGAGCGGCCCAAGAAAUGGCAAAAAGACAAAAAAAAAAAAAAAGGUGUUAUGUUGCAUUGGAAGGAUAGGUGGCUGUUAAUGACCUUUCUUUUCCUCUCAUGUAUUCAGCCAAAUUCAUGAACUCUUUUGACUCUAUUAAAAAAUAGAGUGUCAGAUACAUUUUUUGGAAUGAAUAAAUUAAGUAAUUGGUAACUAUGGCAUACGUAAAUAUAAGGCAAAUCUGUGUAGCAGAACUUCAAAUGAUGUCCUUCUCUCAAAUUAGUCUUUUAAGAAAAAUUAUAGACCGAGACACAGAAAUAAAUACUUUAUCAGCAGUAACAUCUAUUCCUGAUAUUGCUCUUUGAUACUCUUAGUUCAUAUUUAUUUACAUCUCUGUAUGUAUACAAAUAAUAUAUUUACAGAUAAGCAUAUGUAUAUAUGCAAUAUUUAAAAAUAAAUUUAACACAUUAUUCUGCAAGCACUUUAUGGUUCUUAAAAUUAGACAUUGUAAAUAAGCAUGACUUCAUCCUUAACAUUGAAAACAGUGAGCUGCCAUGGAGACUAUAGUUUGCAAACGUCAAAGUCUGAAGAGUAAAAACACCAUGAGCAAAACCUCUUUACACUGUAGGUUGAGGUGGGCUGAUAAUAAUUUAAAACUCCCUGCGUCCUCUUAUCUUGUCCUCUGCCACACAGAAGUGCAGUCUGUACUUCAGUCGUCACCCCAUUCAUGCUUAUCGCUACUUGGCCAAAGAGCCAGGAAGUUCCCAACAGGAAAGUUCUUUUUCUUCUGUCACAUAAAUACCCUCUGUGUCUUUAUCAACUGCCUUCAAAAUAGAAGUCUAUUUAUGUACACACAUUCAUUAAAUCAAAAGGAAACACAAACACACCCGGUGUAAUUUCCAAACCUCUGAAAACAAAAAUUCAGCACACCUAGAAGGCUUUUGUCAAAGAUCCAAUUCUUUUCUCUAUAAUCACUUUAUAAAAAGCUACGAUUUUGAAAUUUUAACAUCAUGAUGGGCCUAUUUCUGGAAAAGGACAAAGGGUUUGGUCUGGGACGCCUAGGUACUGGUAAUUCUGCUUAUAUUACCAUGCUGUGGAGACCCUAAAUGCUAUUGAGUUUGUGUUUAGAAAUAAGACUGGGUUAUUCCAGUUUAUUUUAAACUCAUUGAACAAAGGUGAGUUAUUAGUCUUUUGGCUUAAGUAUUUUUAAAUAUAGCGUUUUUUGUUUGUUUUUGGUUUUCGGGUUUUUUUGUUUGUUUGUUUGUUUGUUUGUUUUUUGGCUAUCCCUAUGACACCAGGAAGUUCCUGGUCCAGGGCUUGAACCCGAGCCACAGCAGUGACAAUAUCUGAUCCUUCACAUUCUGAGCCAGUCAGGAACUCCCAAGUAUCAGUAUCUUAAUAUUAGAGAACAAAGGUGUUUUCAGCAGUCCCUUGUUCCAACCUGGGCUAACCCCCACUAACGUGUUGUGCGUCUUAUAAUUUUUAAAGUGUCUUUAGAGCUGCCCAUCUAGAUAUUAGUCCCAUCUUGCACUUUGUCAUAUGGUAAAAAUAAAAGCCCGGUACAUUUUAGAAAAUCACCUAUUUUUCUUGCAUUUUUAUUGGAUAAGGAACGUUACUUCCAUGCCAAAUGCUGUCAAGUGGUUAGAUCGUUUUGCUUAUAUUUUACUGAAUCUGUCAAUAAGAAGAGGAACACAGAGAGUUCUACAUGUUUGGAGCAGAUAAAGCUACUUUUUAGAAAUUUUCCUUUUUUUAAUAAGUUACCUUUUGGAAGAAGAAAAGUGCCUUUCAUCUCACUCAGGAAAAUACGAUUAAAUGAAGCAGGGACUUAACUUACUUUUGAAAGGCAUGUGCUGCCUUUCAGAUCUCGUUUCAUGCUUCCCUCCCCAGUGGCAUUCUCCGGAUUCAUGCUUUCUUUUUUCAUCAUAACUGCUUUUAUCAUGUGAAUUUAUAUGAUGCAGGCCCCUUGGGGCCGCCCUACAGCCAGUGCGGCUUUUGGAUAAUUUCUGUGUUUAUUUUUCAUCAGCUGAUUUUAGGGGGGAUAAUUUAUGAAUGCAUCUUUAAGUUCAGAAGACAACUUACAAUUAAACCUAAUGAAUGUGACUGAAAAGACAUCCUUUUAUUUUUAGCAGUGAGCACAUUGCCUCCCUGUAUAAUUUUAGAUCAUUAAAAUUGUCCUCAGGAGGAAGUUCAUUAUUUGCCACAACACACACACACACACACACACACACACACAAACUAUGAAUCGACAGGCCCACGUUUGACAUAAUGCAAUUGGAGUUUUUAUUGAGGAGCCUCAGACCAUCAAGUACUGUGCUAGGAGCAGAGCAGUGAAUCCUGCAUUAAAUGGAUGGUCUUGUCUGGACCUCAUGAAAUUUAAAAUCAAGUGGUGAUUAACUGUGUAAAUACAGACUGAAAAAAAGGAACGAGAGGGAUGUUGCUGAAGAAUCAAAAAACCUAAUGUGGGAGUCUGAUCUUGUCUGGAGUGUGUGCAGUGACGGGUGAGGGAAACAUCUGGGAACAGAUUUUACGAAUACCCUUCAUCUUGGAAAUAAUUAAUGCCGUUCCCUUCAUUAUCUCAUUUUGAUUUGUUUUCCAGAUAUUCUGGCCUUCCUUAAGAAAUCUAUUUGUCCCAGUCUUUCUAAAUUGUUGGCUUGCCAAACACGCCUUGGAAAAUAUGAUUAAUGAUCUACAUAGAGCCAUUCAGCGUACACAGUCUGCAAUGUUUAAUCAAGUUUUGAUUUUAAUAUCUACAUUACUAUGCCUUAUCUUCACCUGCAUUUGUGGAAUCCAGCAUCUGGAACGAAUAGGAAAGAAGCUGAAUCUCUUUGACUCCCUUUAUUUCUGCAUUGUGACAUUUUCUACUGUGGGCUUUGGGGACGUUACUCCAGAGACCUGGUCCUCCAAGCUUUUUGUCGUUGCCAUGAUCUGUGUUGCUCUCGUGGUUCUCCCCAUCCAGUUUGAACAGCUGGCCUAUUUGUGGAUGGAGAGACAGAAGUCAGGUGGAAACUAUAGCCGACACAGAGCUCAAACCGAAAAGCACGUUGUUCUGUGUGUCAGCUCGCUGAAGAUUGAUUUACUCAUGGACUUUUUAAAUGAAUUCUAUGCUCACCCAAGACUCCAGGAUUAUUAUGUGGUGAUUUUGUGUCCCACUGAAAUGGAUGUGCAAGUUCGAAGGGUCCUGCAGAUUCCCAUGUGGUCCCAGAGAGUCAUCUACCUUCAGGGUUCAGCCCUGAAAGAUCAGGACCUGUUGAGAGCAAAGAUGGAUGAUGCCGAGGCCUGUUUUAUUCUGAGCAGCCGGUGUGAAGUGGAUAGGACAUCAUCUGACCACCAAACAAUCUUGAGAGCAUGGGCUGUAAAAGAUUUUGCUCCUAAUUGCCCUUUGUACGUCCAGAUCUUAAAGCCCGAAAACAAAUUCCAUAUCAAAUUCGCUGAUCAUGUUGUUUGUGAAGAAGAGUUUAAAUACGCCAUGUUAGCUUUAAACUGUAUAUGCCCAGCAACCUCUACACUCAUUACACUGCUGGUUCAUACCUCUAGAGGGCAAGAAGGCCAGCAGUCGCCAGAGCAGUGGCAGAAGAUGUAUGGCAGGUGCUCUGGGAAUGAAGUCUACCACAUCGUUUUGGAAGAAAGCACAUUUUUUGCUGAAUAUGAAGGAAAGAGCUUCACAUAUGCUUCUUUCCAUGCACACAAAAAGUUUGGUGUCUGCUUGAUCGGCAUCAGGCGGGAGGACAAUAAAAACAUUUUGCUGAAUCCAGGUCCUCGAUGCAUCAUGAACGCUACAGAUAUUUGUUUCUAUAUCAAUAUUACCAAAGAGGAGAAUUCAGCAUUUAAAAACCAAGACCAGCAGAAAAAAAACAAUGUAUCAAGGUCGUUUUAUCAUGGACCUUCUAGAUUACCUGUACAUAGCAUUAUUGCCAGCAUGGGUACUGUGGCCAUAGACUUGCAAGACACAAGCUGUAGAUCAGCAAGUGGUCCUACCCUGUCUCUUCCUACAGAAGGAAGCAAAGAAAUCCGAAGACCUAGUAUUGCUCCCGUUUUAGAGGUUGCAGAUACGUCAUCCAUUCAAACAUGUGAUCUCCUAAGUGAUCAAUCAGAAGAUGAAACUACACCAGAUGAAGAAGUGUCCUCAAACUUGGACUACGCUAAAGGCUACCCACCUUACUCUCCGUAUAUAGGAAGUUCACCCACCUUUUGUCAUCUCCUUCAUGAAAAAGUGCCAUUUUGCUGCUUGAGGCUAGACAAGAGUUGCCAGCAUAACUACUAUGAGGACGCAAAAGCCUAUGGAUUCAAAAAUAAGCUAAUUAUAGUUGCAGCUGAAACAGCUGGGAAUGGAUUGUAUAAUUUUAUUGUUCCUCUCAGGGCAUAUUAUAGACCAAAGAAAGAACUUAAUCCCAUAGUACUGCUAUUGGAUAACCCGCCAGAUAUGCAUUUUCUGGAUGCAAUCUGUUGGUUUCCAAUGGUUUACUACAUGGUGGGCUCUAUUGACAACCUAGACGACUUGCUCAGGUGUGGGGUGACUUUUGCUGCCAACAUGGUGGUCGUGGACAAGGAAAGCACCAUGAGUGCCGAGGAAGACUACAUGGCAGACGCCAAAACCAUCGUCAACGUGCAGACACUUUUCAGGUUGUUUUCCAGUCUCAGUAUUAUCACAGAGCUCACCCACCCAGCCAACAUGAGAUUCAUGCAAUUCAGAGCCAAAGACUGUUACUCUCUUGCUCUUUCAAAGCUGGAAAAGAAAGAGAGAGAGCGAGGUUCUAAUUUGGCCUUUAUGUUCCGACUGCCUUUUGCUGCUGGGCGGGUGUUUAGUAUCAGCAUGCUGGAUACACUUCUUUACCAGUCCUUUGUGAAGGAUUAUAUGAUUUCUAUCACCAGACUCCUGCUGGGGUUGGACACGACACCUGGAUCGGGGUUUCUUUGCUCCAUGAAGGUCACGGAGGAUGACUUGUGGAUCAGAACUUACGCCAGACUUUAUCAGAAGCUGUGCUCUUCCACCGGGGAUGUUCCCAUUGGGAUCUACAGGACCGAAUCGCAAAAGCUCGCAACAUCUGAGUAUCGAGAAAUAGCAUCACAAUCUCAGAUCUCCAUCAGCGUGGAAGAGUGGGAAGACACCAGAGAUGCCAAAGAGCAGGGCCACCCCCGAGGAAACCACCGCAACUCGACCUCCAGCGACCAGUCCGACCACCCCUUGCUGCGGAGGAAGAGCCUGCAGUGGGCCCGGAGACUGAGCCGGAAAGGUCCCAAACACUCCGGUAAAACAGCUGAGAAAAUAACCCAGCAGCGGCUGAACCUCUACAGGAGGUCAGAAAGACAAGAGCUUGCUGAACUUGUGAAAAAUAGAAUGAAACACUUGGGGCUUUCUACAGUGGGCUAUGAUGAAAUGAACGAUCAUCAAAGUACCCUCUCCUAUAUCCUGAUUAACCCGUCUCCAGAUACCAGGCUGGAGCUGAACGACGUCGUAUACUUAAUACGACCUGAUCCCUUGGCCUACCUACCAAACAAUGAGCCCAGUCGAAAAAACAGCAUCUGCAACACCACUGGCCAAGACUCUCGGGAGGAAACUCAGCUUUGAUAAAAAGAAAAUGAGACUUAUUUUUUCCUACAAGGAUCUUGCUUGAAACAACCCUAAAUCCUAGAAAAACAAAAGUGUUGCUGGCAUGAAAAUAAACUAGAUUGGAACAUAUCCCGUUCUUUCACAUUUAAAAAAUUCUGUUCUCCUAGAAGUAUAGAUUAUUUUGAAAUUUAAAGUACUGCUUCUUGGUACUCUUCCUAUUAAUAUCUGAGAGACCUCAAUGGAAUGCUUCUGAAAACGUAAAUUAAGACAUAACAUUUAAACCUAAUGCUGAAUUGUUUAACAGUAAUGCAAACCAUACGAAGCCAGUUUUUUAACAGUUUGAAGGUUUUACUGAAAGGAAACUAGAAAUCCAACUAUAUUUGGUGCAUCACAAAGGAAGUAGAAGAUGUUACUCCUCUUAAAAUUAAAUGUGUCGUAAUAUAUUCUUUAAAUUUGCCAUUUUUUAAAAUGAGCUAAUUAUAAAUGCUUAGUCCUCUCUACACAGAGAUUAACAAAAAAGUUGUGUGCUGGACUUUUAUGUAAGAAUCAUAGUUUGCUUUAGAAUAGACAUCUUUAAGUCAUUUUCACCUUUUUCUUGCUUUCUCAUAUGAUAUCAUAUUAUUUUAGAAUUUGAGCUGCUCAUGGAGUGUUUUAUUACUCUGAGUAAACCAAAACAAACACAAAAGAAAAAUCAAAUACAUGAACUUUUCCCAACUUUAGAUGUGACAUACACGGCAUACCAAGAAAAGUGUACUAAAGCCGAUAUAUGUCUUGUUCUCCUGCGAGAGUGCCUAACAUAAAGUACUUCACCACAUUUGUCAGCUUAAAUGUAAUCCAAGAAUUGAAACGUUCACUGAAAUAGUCACGAUUUCAUUAGACUCUUGAGCUUUAACAUUUUUGUAUGUCUACAUAGUGUAUUUCAUUAGAAAGAUGACAUUAAAAGAAACAAAAUUAUACUUUUUUAUAGACGAAAUUUCAAAACAUUAUUAGUCCUCCUCCUUUAUGCACUUGAUAUGGAAAGAAUCACAUACCAAAAAUCAGUAUAUUAAAAGUUUUGAUCUAAUUUUGGAAAAUUAUCUAUAGGAACUAUAUUGUAACACUAUGAGGGAAAAGUAUAAAAUGAAAAUAGGUAGUUUUUGCCAUUUACAUUUACUGUAAAGCAUACAGAAUUUGACAAGAAUAGAGAAAAGUCAACCUUUGAUGACACUAAUGCUUUUACCUGUAUUGCAUUCCUCCCCUUCAGAAACAAGCAGAAAAGCACAGAUCACACUUUGCCAGGCAGUUGAAAUGUGUGUUGUUACUCCCAUAAAAGAGACACUGAGAAAUUUAAAAAGAUGUUUUCCUCUAAUUUUGUAUUUUUUUAUUUCUGAACUUCACAUUGAUUUUUAAUUCAACAGAUGAUAGGAUAGAUAAGAUUAGAAAGAGACCAUUUAUGCUCUCUUUUCACAAAGAAGCAGAUAAAUUGAAAGAAAAAUAGAAUAAUUAAAAAAAAUACAACCUAAUAUUCCCCAAAUAAAUCUAUGGAAAUAAAAAUAUAAAACGUAAAAUGGGAAAUUAUAAACUAUAGCCAUUGUAUAAUUUGGCUUUGAAAAUAUGAAAUGCCUAUUUGUCGUUGCUGUUUUUGUUUAGUGUUUCACGUUACUCUCAUUUUAGAAUAAGAAGAACGCUAAGAAUUUCUUCUAAAACAAGGAGCACCUAUAGUUAAUUUUUUUUUUAGCCAGACAAGGAAGUAGAAUAUGUAACACAUUACUUAAAAUCCGGAGCUUACCUGAAGACAAAGAUUGUAUGCAUAUGUAAGUGUGUAUGUUACAAAACACAGGUGAAGUAUAUCUGACAAACAUAUUCACAUGUAAAUUAUUCAAACUAAAGGCAGAAUUUAAUAUAUGUAAUGGAGAACAAUAAUAAAUUUAAUGAACUUGUUUCAUAUUUGCUCAUAUUCCAGUCAAAUGUUUCCUUGAGUUGCCAUUUAUUUCCUCCACUGCAGUUACGUUUAGGGAUAAAUGUAAGAAUUUAUGAAUCUUCUGUUUCCCCUCAAGAUCUCAAAUUGAGUAUUUUUGCAUUAUGACAGUUGUCAAGACUAGGAUUUUAAGCUAGGACUGACUAUAUUUACUAUGAAACUAAAAAUUUUGUUUCAUAAAUUUUACAAUAAUUAUUUUUGAUUAUGAAUGUUAGGCCAAAUUUAAUACUUGACACAAUUCAUAUCAGCUUGCUAUAAUAAUGAUCAUUUAUUAGUCUUUCUGUUAUUUAAAGAAUAAAAACAUACUUAUAAAAGCCUUUUAACAAAGUUGCCUUUUUAAUAUACUUGCACAUGGAAAUAAAAUAUGAAGUCAACAAUAGUUCUUGUAACCCUAUAGGGUUUGGUUCUGUUUAUUGUCUCUGUACCAUUUUGCUACCAGUUCUAUUGAAUUGCUUUAAAAUAAAUAAUAAAAUUAUUUCUGAU